GAGACUCACGGAUCGUAUCCAGGAUGUCCAAAGCGGGAUCUGAAUCAUCUCCUUCAGAGAAUUUAGAUGAGACAGAAAAUGAAGUUUUAAUAUUGAGCCACAGUGCUUCUUCUGAAGUACCCAAUACGGUGGAGAAGAAGCCAGGAGACCCACGGGGACAAGGACCAUUUUUUUAUAUCGGUGGUAAUAAUGGGGCAAAUCUGGUUAGCGCUUACUGCACACGCAAAGGCUGGCAGCGUAUCCAGGACAAUAAGAGAGAAGAUUACAAACUGAAAUGGUGUGAAACGAAACGUUUUGCUAAUUAUUACUCCUUUCGGCAAGGACAGCAACUGUUAUAUCAGAUACCCAAUAAUAAAAUCCUCACCACAAAAAUUGGACUAUUAAGCAGCCUGAGAGAAUAUGAAAGAGUGAAGAGGAAAAUCAGCAAAUUAUGGAAUCCCAGAGUUCUAAAAAUGGAGGACUUUUUUCCAGAGACAUACCGUUUGGACAUCGCCUCUGAGAGGGAAGCAUUCUUUUUGCUUUAUGAUGAGAGUCAAACAUGGAUUUGUAAACCCACUGGACUAAAUCAGGGACGUGGUAUUUUCUUGCUGAAAAAUGCAGAGCAAGUCAAUGACCUAAGGCAUCAAUUGCAAGCCAUAAACGAAGACCCCAAGAGGUCUCCAUACAGGAGCCCACAAGGCAAGAUUGCACAAAGAUAUAUACCCAACCCGUUGCUUUUGGGUGGACGGAAAUUUGAUGUUCGCUCCUAUAUGGUCAUUGCUUCCACCGUGCCUUACUUUGUGUUCUUUCACCAUGGCUAUGUGCGUUUAACAUGUAACAAUUAUGAUCCCACAUCUGAUGACCUCACAGGCCAUCUGACCAACCAGUACAUGCAAAAGAAGCAUCCUCUUUACAGUGAGCUAAAGGAAGAAACUGUCUGGUCGAUGGAGAGAUUCAACAAUUACGUUAAUGAAACGUACGCAUCGAAAAAAGGCCUGCCUCAGGACUGGGUAUUACAUGUUUUCACGAAAAGGAUGCAGCAGAUUAUGACACACUGUUUCCUGGCUGUUAAGUCAAAGCUGGAUUGCCGGAUGGGAUACUUUGAUCUCAUUGGCUGCGAUUUCCUAAUUGAUGAAAACUUUAAGGUGUGGCUACUGGAAAUGAAUUGUAACCCAGCCUUGCACACCAACUGCGAAGUGCUGAAGGACGUGAUCCCGGGGGUAGUUAAUGAAACACUUGAUUUGGCUCUUGAAAUCUUUGGUAAGACUUUGAAAAGUCAAAGCAUUAUGCCCCUAAAAACUCAGAGUAAAUGUGUUCUUCUGUUCAAUGGAGAGCUGAAUGAGCCAACUGUGAAAUUCAACAGAUCCAUAAAUGCCAGUCCUAUUAAAGUGCAGAAUGAGCCUGUGAAGACUAUCGAGAGACAUCCGCAAGGGUUUAGAGCUUCUGUGCAUAAUGGGACCAGGCCGAUGAUCUCCAAAAUAACACCAAAGCCAACGCUAACAAUGUCCACAGUGCACAUAAUGAACAAUGUGUAUGGCAAAUUACCAUAUAUACCAAAACAAAAACUUAAGAAUGAGGCCAUAGAUCGUGUACAAGCGUCUAAGAACAAUGAUGUAUCAUCAGAUGUAGAACAUCCAAAGAACAUAUCUUUACAGUCUGCACCAGUAGCCAAGUUCUCCUUUACAAAUCUUCAUAAACUCAGAGUGACUGGAAGCAAGACACCUCAGAAUAUCAGAAAGAACAUGUUGGUCAAUUCCAGCUCUGAUGAUCAGGUCAACCAAGAUCUCAACUGAAAAAUUCCAGCUCAACAACCCUGAAGAGCUUGUUCUUCUUCUCCAAAGAAACAAACAAUAGGGGAGACAAACAAUUGGAUCCCGGAAUGAAUACAUCUCUAAAUCAUCUUGAUGGCAAAACAAAAACUCCCCACCCCUCAAUUCUUAAA